UUCUGGUUUUGAUAUUGCCACUUUUUCUACAUGAUUUUAAUAGUGGCUGUAUGUCACUCCAUUGAUAAUGCUUAAAAUCUGAAACAUAUCCCCCCUUCUGGUUCUUCAACAAAUCGCACCCUGGAUAUAACAUAGAUUCCUCAACAACAACAGCACAAGAAGGCUGCAUUAUAUGGCUCUUUUGGUUUACAGAAUCUUUUACAAAAAACUCAAGUCUGGCCUGUUUAUGAAGGCAGUGGAUUCCUCUCUUUUAAAACUUCUAUAUGGUAUGCCUAGGCUAUAUAGUAUUUUAUACUGUACUAUUGAUAUGGCCUACAUCUUUCUCCAAGGCAGCCUUAUGCUGAGCACAAUUAAUACUGAUGUGGCAUAGGCUAUAUGCAUUUCUUCCUUAUAAAUUAAGUGCAGGAUUGUAGUCAGAUGUUUCCUGAAACUAGCAUAACCAGAGAUGUAUAAAUUCGUAGAAGUACCCCACUCUGUAGGCUAAUUAAUUACAACACUAUAGUAGGGUAUUACAAUGUUGAAACCAUGUAAUAAUCAUACCAUUAGUGUUGUAAUUACAUCCAUACUUCUAAAGAGUAAAGAGUAGCCUACCUAAAGAAUACUUCUACUUUAUACAACUCUGAGCACAACAUAACCGUAUUGACACUUUGUGGCCCAUGAAAAAGCUUGCCAAACCUGAAAGAAGUUUACAGCCUUGGGUGUGGUGUGAGAUAGGAGGUCAAACACAAACACACAUCAACCACAUCAUAGUAACUAACAACAAGCAUGGAUCCUCAUCGGGUCACCAUAUUUUAAACACUUAACAUACUGUAUGUUAUGACUCUAGAAUAAUCCAUUAAAAAUGUGAUCUGCCAUCUCUGGUGAAUUCAUUGUAUUCAGGUCUGUUUAUUAGUCAGAAGAGAGAGUGUGAACAAUAGAGCACCAUGCCAACUUGAGAGCAGCAGGGCCCUUUUCCAGGGUUGCCAGAUGAGACUGAUUUCCAGCCCAAAAUGUGCUCAAAGUCCGCCUGGAAGCACUGAAUCCCACCCAACUUGAAUUAAAAUUCUGUUGAUUUCUACGGCAAAAUGUGCAGAACUACCCGCCCAAAUGCCCUUUUUGCCCAUUUAUACCCGCAGACGGUCUUCCUAAGCAGCCCAAUUGGGCGGGAAACCACCCGAUCUGGCAACACUGGCCUUUCCUCUAUUGAUCUGGUUGCUGUGGGGAUAGGCCUACAAGCUGGCUGGCUGGCUGGCUGGCCAGGGGACAAAGGCAACUAGAGUGCACCGAGCGAGCACCAUUUCAAACAAGCUUCUGUUCAGCCUUUGCUGAGCUACCAGAAAGUUUACAGGAGGUGGAUGAUGUGAACAGCACGUCUCUCGACGAAACUUUCUGAGAAAUUCACACGCUCAUGUACUUGUAGGAGUCAUCAUGUCCGCCGCCUCGACCAAAACCACAGUGAACCCGUACGCCAUCGAGGUCAUCCGGGCCAAAAAGGAGGAACUGGUGGGAGGUAUUUUAAACACGGAGGCGUUACUAGAUCUUCUGGCCGACCACGGCCUCGUCUCACACGACCAGAGGCUCCUGGUGUCCAGCGUCCGAACGCAGGCGGAGAGGAACUCGAAGCUUCUGGACAUCCUGGUUUCUCGCGGCGAGCGGGCCUGCCGGAUCUUCUUCUACCCGUGUUUGAAAAGAGCGGAGCCGGAGCUCUACCGGUCUGUGCGGACGUACGCGGGGCGCGUGAACGAGGACAUACGGGACGCUCGUCGGCAGCUGAUUGGCUACCUGCUGGAGAGGGACCAUCAGACACCCGGAACGGAGUCGGACACACACAAGUCAUCAGCAGCACUCAGGAAACCCUCCCUGGAAACCCCCCCAAAACUAAACAAGAAAAACAAGGCCGGGAUAGCCAAAAUAAUACCUGACCAAUGGGAGCCUCUGGAACCAGAGCCCCUGCCAAGCCAUAUCUUCACAGCCGUUGCCAACGGAGACCUCAGCCUCCUGGAGGACUUGCUAUCGGAGAGCAGCAGAGAUGUGAACUCCUUCAGACAAGGCUCAGAGUCAGACAGCCUACUGCACGUGGCUGCAGAGCACGGACAGCUGUCAGUCAUAGAGCUCCUCCUGCAAGGCGGGGCCAAGCUGGAUGCCAGGGACCAACAGGGACGCACCGCUCUGCACAGGGCCGCAGCCAAGGGCCACACGGCCGCCGCCACCGUGCUAGUCACGGCAGGGGCCGACAUCUACGCGUGCGACAACGCCUCGAAGACGCCCCUUCACCUGUCGGCACACAGUGGCCACGGGGAGACCGUGCAGGCCCUGGUGAAGGUGGAGGAGGAGGAGGGCAGGCAGCAAACGACCUUUCUGCACAUGGCGGCCAUGCGGGACGAGUGGGAGGUGGCGGAGGCCGUGCUGCGUGCAGGGGCGGAGCCGGACAGCCAGGACGGCGGCGGGAAAACGCCACUGUGCCACGCCAUCAGCAGAGGACACGAAAGAACCGUCACGGUGCUGCUGAACGCAGGCGCUCAAGUGGACUCGGACGCCAUGGCUUGUGCGUUUGACCUCAACAGCAAGUCCAUGCUGAGUCUUCUGCUUCAGAGCGCUCGGGGUGGAUGGAAGAUGACGGCGGAAUCCAUGAAUUCCACACUGUUCCGAGCGGUGCGCAGGAAUCUGGGUGGGAUCGUAACGGCUCUCGUCGAGGGCGGCGGUGCUGACGUCAACACUCGGGAUGGCCAAGGCUAUACACCACUGCUAUUGGCUGCGGAGCUGGGACACGCGGAGGCCUUCAAGGCGCUGGUGGACAAGAGCGCCAACCUGCAGGGAAGACUGUCCAACUCGAUGACCGCGUUGCACCUGGCCGCUCAGAGCGGCAGUGCAUCCAUAACACAGGUUCUGCUUGAGAAGGGCGUUCCUCCAAACAUCACAGGCCCCCGAGACCAGACUCCUCUCCACACGGCAGUCCUGCACGACAGGCCCUCGCUGGUCGGCCUGCUCCUCCGCUCCGGAGCCGACGUGAACUCCGUCACCCAGGACGGCCUGACGGCCCUGCACCUCGCCAGCCAGAGGGGGCAGACAGAGGUGGUGGCCCAGCUGCUCAGCGCCCCCCAGCAGCAGGCAGACCUCCGCCUGAGGGACAAGGAGGGCAGGAGUGCUCUGCACUGGGCGGCCGUCCAGGGGGAGGCCUGUGUGGUGAAGCAGCUGUUGGCGGCCGGCGCGGAGAGCAGGGCGCAGGAGAAGGAGAAGAAGACCCCACUACAUAUGGCCGCCACCGAGGGACACGCGGACGCCGUCACGGCACUGCUGCAGCUGGGCAAGGCUAAGGUGGAAGCUAAGGACAUGGAUGGCUGUACGGCUCUGCACCACGCCGCUGCCGGCGGACACACGGACGCGGCCAGGGCGCUCCUCUCCCUGGCCAAGAACAAGACGACAGUGGACAGCAAGAACACCUGGAGGCGGACGCCGCUGCACGCCGCGUCCGAGCAAGGCCACGAGGCCAUGGUGGAGAUGCUACUGAGCGCCGGUGCCAAGAUCAACGCCACAGACAGCAACAAGGACACGGCGCUGCACUGCGCCUGCCGUGUGGGACACCUGAGUACGGUACAGACGCUCCUCAGCUGGUCGCAUAAUAAGGAGAAGGCCAAUCUGAUGCUCACCAACAACGUCAAGAAGACGCCACUGCAGGUGGCCGAGGCCGGGGAUACGUCGAGUCACACAGACAUCGCUACUCUGUUGAAGAAAAAGAUGUUUUUGAUCAAAUGACAGCAUGUUGUUG